GUCUCUAGGCAGCGUGGGCUGAGCUCUCGGGAGGGCUAGAAGAUGGGCCGCCACUGGACCCCGUGCGCGCGCCCGCCACCAACUUUCCCUCCAGACCCGAGAGGGGCGCGCGGCGCGCUCCGCCCCCGCCUCCGGGCCGCGCACGUCCGCGCUCGGCGGCGCGCACGCCUGCGGGAGCCCUCUCCAGGCAACCCGGUGCUGAUCGCUCCUGCCGGUGCGGCCGUUAACCGCCCUUGCGGGAGCCCGAGGCUCGAAAGCAAGCCCCCUCCUCUUCCUGAGCGGCUCCCCACCCCCUUCCAGGCCGGCCCCGGGGCAUGAGCAGCGAUGGCCGGCUGUAGCCCCGAGGAGAAAACUUACCGGCGCUUCCUGGAGCUAUUUCUGGGCGAGUUUCGCGGACCCUGCGGUGGCGGCGAACCCGAGCCGGAACCCGAACCCGAGUCGGAGCCCGAGCCCGAGUCGGAACUGGGAGCCGCUGAGGCGGCUGAGGCUGCUUCGGUCGAGGAACCUGGCGGGGAGGCGGCCCCCGUAACUGCGACGGAGGAAGGGGAGCCCGAGCCGGAGCCAGACCCCGAACCCGAGGAGGAGGCUGUGGAAGAGGAGCCGGCGGCCGCGGCGGCGGCGGAGGGUGAGGAGGAGGAGGAAGAGGAGGAGGUGGUGGUGGUGGAGCAGGAGGAGGUGGAGGCGCCCGCAGCCCCGGGGCAGUCGGCCGUGCCGCCGCCGCCGCCGCCGCCGCCGCAGCCCCAGCUGCCGCCGCUGCCUCCGCUCCCGCGGCCGCUGUCGGAGCGCAUCACCCGCGAGGAGGUGGAGGGCGAGAGCCUGGACCUGUGCCUGCAGCAGCUCUACAAAUAUAAUUGCCCUUCCUUUUUGGCUGCUGCUUUAGCUAGAGCCACAUCAGAUGAAGUCCUUCAGAGUGAUCUGUCUGCACAUUACAUCUCAAAAGAAACAGAUGGCACAGAAGGGACAGUGGAGAUUGAGACAGUGAAAUUGGCCCGAUCUGUCUUCAGCAAACUACAUGAUAUUUGCUGCAGCUGGGUGAAAGACUUCCCUCUCCGCAGGAGACCCCAGCUUUAUUAUGAGACAUCAAUCCAUGCCAUCAAAAACAUGCGCAGGAAAAUGGAGGACAAACAUGUCUGCAUUCCUGACUUUAACAUGCUCUUCAACCUAGAGGACCAGGAAGAACAAGCUUACUUUGCAGUGUUUGAUGGCCAUGGGGGAGUGGACGCCGCCAUUUACGCGUCCAUUCACCUGCACGUCAACUUGGUGCGCCAGGAGAUGUUCCCGCAUGACCCGGCCGAGGCGCUGUGCCGGGCCUUCCGCGUCACCGAUGAGCGCUUUGUGCAGAAAGCUGCCAGGGAGAGCUUAAGAUGCGGGACCACAGGCGUGGUGACCUUUAUCAGAGGCAACAUGCUCCAUGUGGCCUGGGUGGGUGAUUCCCAGGUUAUGCUUGUCAGAAAGGGCCAAGCUGUUGAGCUAAUGAAGCCACACAAACCGGAUAGAGAGGAUGAAAAGCAGCGGAUUGAAGCCCUGGGAGGCUGUGUGGUCUGGUUUGGUGCCUGGAGAGUGAAUGGAAGCCUGUCGGUCUCCAGAGCGAUUGGGGAUGCUGAACACAAGCCAUAUAUUUGUGGGGAUGCGGAUUCUGCCUCUACAGUUUUGGAUGGAACUGAAGACUACCUCAUUCUGGCCUGUGACGGCUUCUACGACACCGUGAACCCUGAUGAGGCAGUGAAAGUUGUAUCUGACCACCUGAAGGAGAAUAAUGGAGACAGCAGCAUGGUUGCCCACAAAUUAGUGGCAUCAGCUCGUGAUGCUGGGUCAAGUGAUAACAUCACUGUCAUUGUGGUAUUCCUGAGGGACAUGAACAAAGCUGUAAAUGUUAGUGAGGAAUCAGAUUGGACAGAGAACUCUUUCCAAGGAGGGCAAGAAGAUGGUGGGGAUGAUAAGGAAAAUCAUGGAGAGUGCAAACGCCCUUGGCCUCAGCACCAGUGUUCAGCCCCAGCCGAUCUAGGCUAUGAUGGGCGUGUGGAUUCGUUCACUGAUAGAACUAGCCUGAGCCCAGGGUCCCAAAUCAACAUACUGGAAGACCCGGGCUACCUAGAUCUCACACAGAUAGAAGCAAACAAAUCUCAGAGUGCCCAGAUUUGGCCACCAGUUGAAAUAUUUGGUCCUGGUGCACCAAAGAAAGCCAAUCUUAUUAAUGAGCUAAUAAUGGAGGAAAACUCAGUUCAAUCAUCAUUGCCCGAACGGAGUGGUGUUGGAGAAUUCCCCUCUUCAUUUUAUGUGGGCUCAAAGGGUCAGCAGAUAUACAGAAUGGAGAAUUUCUCUCCUAUCUAUUCUAAGCUGAAAAAUGAACAGUUCAUGUUCCUGGGAAAGAGGGUGUCUAGAUUGUUUCAUUUACGCCACCACUAUUCCAAGAGGCGAAAUGGAUUCAGAUUUAACACAAAGUUUUAUUCAUUUCUCUCUGUUCGAGAGUCUUCCCAUAAAACAGGCACUAGCCUGUCCUCACUUACUCAAAGUGGGAAGAGAAAUAGGGUGGUAAGAAGUUCUGUACCAUGGAGACAAAAUAGUUGGAAAGGGUAUAGUGAAACCAUGAGGAAGUUCAGAAAGAAUGAUAUUCCUUGCCCAGAUUUUCCCUGGAGUUACAAAAUAUAGUAUUUUCUCUUAAAAGUAGAUACUAGCUAGCUCUUCCCAAUUAACAAAUCACUAUCAGUAGAAACAAGGUAGACAUUUUUGAAAUAUGUGCUUCAUUAUGAAAUCAUGGAUGGCUCAAUUCUUAAAUGUAAAUAGAUCUCUAGGAAACUCAAAGUAACAGUGUUUUCAACAUUUUAAAAAAAAGUAUUGGCAGUUUCACUAGCAAAAUUCUACAGCUGGUCCUUGUGAUGUGUGUCCACACAUACAAUCCCCACCCCACUACCCUUUCAGUGCCACUAGUGGAAACUUACUAGUUUUUCCAAUCAGGAUAUAGUGUUGAAAUCUCAAUGCAGAUGAAAUAUGGUCAGAUGUGCCUAAUAUAUGUAAGGAAAUUUAAUGAAAAUUUAGCUUCAGUUGGGAAUGCUCCUCAAAGAAGGAAAUCCCUAUCCCACCAUUUUUUGGGGGGAGGAUUGUAGGUAAAAGACUACAAGCCAUAUGGAUUUUAACUGAUAAUACUGAAAGCAGAAAACCAGUGUAAGAAUGUCAGAUUCACAGACAAGUGAGGUGGUAUAUAUAAAAAUUACAUUUUCUUCUAACAUAAAAGACAACUUUUUUUUGUUUUUUUAACUAAAGAAGUAUUUCCUGGGGAUGCAGCUAUUGAGAGUUUCAAAACCUGUUAUGGUGCUUUUGGUGGAAUUUUUAUUCUUUGUCACUUUAGAAAAUUGCUGUCAACUGGUUUUAAUCUAUGAUGCUAAUGUGUUUUUCACUGUACCUUCAUCUCAGGAAUAAAACUGGCUUAAUGGAGAUGAUGUCAGGUACAAAUCUGGAAUCAAGUGGCCAUUUUAAAAGAAUAUCAAAUAGUAUUUCCUCUUUCUCCAUUAAAAAAGUUAUCUAUACAGAGCAAAAGGCAUCAAGGUGGUGCUGAAGAAUGAACAAUACUAGUAUUAAUGCCUCUAAAAACUGUUUCCCCUGAGGGAAUGGAGUAAUUGGUAUGCAAGAGAUUAAAAGUACUGCCUUAAGUGAGCCUAGCAAGGCCAAAUACAAAGGAGAAUGCAGAUUACUGAGACUGAGGUCAGUUUAGUUAUAAAUGGAACAUGCAGGGAUCCUGCUGCAUGCAAUUGCAGAUGUGAAACAUUUUCCAUUUCAGCAUUUGUAUUUGAUAUUUUUUGUUUUGGCCAUUUCUACAGUUUCAAUCUAGAAGCAUAUCUUUAGGACAGCAGAUAAUCAGAUUCAUUCAGUGAAGCCUCACAUUCUCUGGAGAAUCACAAAUGUCUCCACAUGACAUGUUACCAUCAACCAUGGACCAGUCAUGCCAGUGGACGGAGGCUACCUGCUGUACUGCGCACCGGUAGUAGGCACUAAAUGCUCUUAUUGGAAAGGUCCCGCACAUAUUUUUAUAUAAUACAAUUACUUUAUGUUCCUCAGGCCCAUAAGAGAGGACUAAAGUUCCUAGAUUUUGAGAACUGACUAGCGUGUCUUUGGGUGCCAGAACAGCUGUAUCAAAUAAAUAUAUAAAAAGAGCUUUACUUUAGUAACGGUUAGAUUGCUAUUAUAUAGAUUUUAUUUUUUAAAAUAUGGAUGUAAGUAGAGAUUUUUCAGUAUCUGUUUCCUCUUGAUUUUGAAGUCAUUUCUUUUCUCAAGUCUUGUGACACAUGGUUGAAAAGAAAGCAGUGAACAUGGAUCCAACUAUAGUACCAGAAUCUCUUCAUCAUCCUGAUGCUUUAAACCAUACAUGGACCUCACUCUCAUCUGUCAUUUUCUGAAGCCUAGGUCUUGUUAACAACCCAGCAGGUACAAUGUGUCAGUUUCAAAUCAAAUUAUCUAAAGAAACAAGAAAACAAAAGCAGAAUUAUAGCAAACUGUAAUGUAAACAUUAUAAGCCCAAAGCACUUGACAAAGUUAAAAUUUUUUCUUAAAACUUUUCUACAAUUGCCUAUUGGUAAUAAUUCUGACUAGAACAAAUGGAAAGGGAAAGAAGGCACAAGGGAUAGGCUUAUACAGUGGGGGAAAAUUAUUGAAUGAAAUUGGAAUGAAACAGAGACCACAACUUUUAAAGGUCUGAAUUUGUAGAUCUGAAUACAUAAGCAGUGUUAAAUUCAUUUCUCAUACCAGUAGCCCUCUAGAAAAUAAAGUAGUUCUAGUGUGGUCAAGUUAUAAACCAAUAUUGUAAAAAAUAGCAACUAUUCAUUUGUUCAAGACAUGCAUAUUUAUAGAGUAGUUAGGUGCCAUUUGUAAGUCCUUUAAAAUCCUAUAAUAUUCAAUUAGUGGUUAUUGGUUUGACAUAUACUGCUCUUGAUUCUAUACACUAGAUAAAAAGCAGUGCUUUGUGAAAUGCAGUGUUAUAUCUUAAUGCCACUGGUGAUAGAAAGUAGUUCCCUUCCGUUUAAAUCCUGUGCCCUAUUUGCUGCUUGCUGAAGUAAGCAAUAAGUACCCCUCUAACUAAUGGUAUCCACACAUUUCUGUAACUUGUAUUUAAUGAUGGUGUAUCUGGUGAUUGUAAAAAUACUAGACAGAUAUAAAAGUAUAUAAUAUAUAAAAUGUUAAUGCUGAGGUAUAGUCUGUGAAUUAUGUGUUUUGUACUUUUAUUCAUUGUGUAAUUUAGUGGUGGUGAAAGUUCUACACUCAGUCCUUCGAGUGGCAAUAUCCCUACUUCAAUUUCACACAAUCUGCAUCAAUUUUUUUUUGCCUGCUAAACAAGUUAUGAUUUUUUUUUAGAAUAGGAAAUAGUAAAAAUAUAAACAAGUAUAGUACUGAUUAGGGAAACAGACUUCAUCAGCUGAAGUCACAUUACAAACUCUUUGUACAUUCACUGUGAGUUUCAAAGGGAGUCAGUCCUUACUUUAAAGGUUUCCUUUGUUCAUUUUCUGGGUCUGUACUUUAGGAGGCAUAUCUGAGGCUAAGUAACAUUCCAGCACCAAAUGCGGGGCUGUUAAUCUCAUGAGUGUCUGUAUGAAAGAGAGUGGUAGAAAACAAUGUAUAUACCUUUGCUUUACCUAGAAGUGCCAUCCAUUGUCCUGGAAUUAAUCAAAUUAAAGUUUCUGUUACAUUUAAUUUAACUAGGAGGCUCCUUGAAAGUAACACCUUUUCCAAGGACAAUGUCCACAGUGUCAAUGUCAACACUGAGUCUGAUCACAUUUAUAGUGGUGUAGUGUCAACAGUGCAUCCUCAUGACAACCACACUCCAUCACUGGAACACUGUGCCAGUAAGAAGUUCAAUAUCCAGUGGGCAGAUAAAAAUGAUACUUAAGAAAGUUCAGUGUUGCUAUGGUUCAAGUACUUACUUUGCCAUCAAAGGCAUGCUGAGAUUUUGUGAGAUAGUGACCAUAAUUAUUAUUUUAAUGUUUAAACAUAAUGCGUUCGCUCAGAAAACAUUCUCACCUAUGCAGACCAUAAAAGGGGAUACUGUAGUUUUGUUCACAUCAUACUCUGGAACACUUUUUUCCUUUGGAUUAUAAAUUAGCAAAAGAAACUUUUUUUUUCUUCAUCUUUUAAAAUCGUAUGAUGCUAAAGAACAAAUACUCUUCUGUUCUGACCUGUGGAUAUCUAAAUUUUUCUCCUAAAGUUAGAUACCACAAGUAUUAUAGCAUUAUUAUUUUCCAAACAGUACUGUAUUGAAAAAUAAUUGUUACAUCCUCUAGCAGCAUGGUGUCUUCUAUUUUGAAGACUGUUGUAUUAAGUAGAAAAUACAAAAUGAUAGGGAAUUCCAUACUGACACCACAGUUGGUCAGGAAUUGUUCCCUUAUUAAACUCUGAUGUAUUAGAUCAUCAAUCCGUAAAUACAUCAUUGUUAACUCUGACUCCAGGUGCUCUUUGGUGAGAGACAGGCUUUGUCCUUCUGUUUGUGAUAUUUCUCUGCAAAGAAUUCUCUAUGGAGUGAAGUGAAUGAAGUGAAUCAUUUCUUACCAAGUAAAUUGAUCAAUUUACAAAUCUGCUCUACAGCUCACUUUUGAGUUUAGUUGUAAUCAUGAGUAAUCCUUCAUACCCUAUUAAAACUGUUCAUUCAGGUAAGAAGUAUGUUGAAAUUUUGCCAAUAUCUCAAUAAAACCCAGCAAUUUAAAACCAUUA